GAGAUCCCGCUUCUGAUUGGGUGGCAACUCGAAGUGUUGCAAUUGGCGAUCAGAGAGCCUGGAAAUGUCGGUGGCACGGCUCGGAAAAGUGGUUCCCAAAACGAGCAUCCUGUUCCUAUGCGACAUGCAAGAGAAGUUCCGCCCCAACAUCAGCUACUUCCCCCAGAUUGUGUCUGUGGCAGCUCGGAUGCUGAAGGUUGCCAAAGCACUUCAGAUCCCGACAGUAGUGACUGAACAGUACCCCCAGGGCCUGGGUCCGACAGUGCCCGAGCUGGGUGCAGAAGAGUUUCCGAAGUACACCAAGACGUGCUUCAGUAUGAUCAUCCCAGAGGUGGAGAAGGAGAUGGCGUCUGUGCCCAACCUGAAAUCUGUGCUUUUGUGUGGGAUCGAGACACAGGCCUGCAUCAUGAGCACAGCGCUGGACAUCAUGGAGCGAGGCCUGGAUGUUCACGUCGUGGUGGAUGCCUGUUCUUCCCGCAGCCAGGUGGACAGGAUUGUGGCUUUGUCCAGGUUACGUCAGAGUGGUGCCUUCCUUACCACCAGCGAGGGGCUCAUUCUGCAACUUGUCCGGGAUGCUGCCCACCCCCAUUUCAAAGAGAUCCAGAAGUUGAUUAAAGAGCCUGCCCCAGAUAGCGGCCUCCUUCCCCUGCUGACAGGACCAAGCCCUCUUUUCAGCUAAACCAGCUGGUCCAAAGAAGAUGAUCCUCCACCUCCUCUUUUAAAGCAUCUCCAGCCAUUUAGUUUGGUCAUUGCCACCUUUGGGUAGGGAGAAACUGAAUCAAGAUGUGCCAAGUUCACUUUGAAAUAGGGAGAUGAUGGGGUUGUUACCUGCAUGGAAAACCCAUACCCUAAUUCCAAACUUACGGGGUUUUCUGUGGUUAUUCAGUGGGGUGGAAGAAUCGCUUUUUUGCACAUGUUCAAGGGCAUGGCCCCGGCUUCAAAUUUAGUGUCACCCUCCCUUCUGGGGCAGGGGGUGAUAGAGAGAAUGGGAUUUCUAAUAGGAAGAAGAGACUGGGUCAAAAGAUUAUUGGUAUCUUUUCAGAAGUCUACAUUUUUCUUUAUUGAAGCUAUAUGCAAAGGAUAGGAAUUCUGCACUUAAAAAAACAAAAACAGGUUCUGCAACCAGUGAAAAUCUGUGAUCUGGAGUUAGAAUAAACGAUGCUGAUUUAUUUUUUUAUUUGCACAAUUUUCUUUAAAAUUUCAUUUCAGAAUGUGUGCAUGUACGGAAUUUAGAAUUGUUUUCUGCAACCUUGGAGUUAGAAUAAACGUUGAUUUUUUUUAUUUG